AUGCUGUCCUCUUCCAUUUCUUCGUCUCUUCAUCUUUACCCAUCUUUGAAUGCUAUGAGCAGCACUGGGGUUCCCGCGUGCGCGUGCGCACCAACGUACCAGGUCGUUUGCGCCUGUGGGGUAUUAAGCUGCUCUAACUGUGGUGCCGUCCACCAGCCACGCCUUUACGUUGAAGGUCUGGACCUCCCUGCCGUUUCUUACCUCGGCAAUCCCUACCCGAACCCUCUUUGUGCAAACUGCCGUGGCCCCCCUGGAUCUGACUGGAGAGACUGGGCACUAUACGAGGGUCACCCUUAUGGACCACCUCCAAGUAUCUUUACGCAACCCAGGGUGGCCAAUGCUCAAUUUGUGCCAGAAAAUGAGCCAUUACAAACGGGGACGGGGCAACCGAGCAAUCAGCAACAGCCGGAGGGGAGCAAGCAAAUCGACCGGAUCCUUAACAUCUCCAGGCGAUUGAGAGGCAGUUAUAUAACGGGGCGCACAAGAGAAUUAAGCGAAACUCACAAUCAGACAAAUCAGGGAGCAGAGCCUUCUUCCACGAGAAAAAGAUACCCAUGGUUCCGUUUAUCACGGGGAGAGCCCGACCGACCAACAAGAACAACAGGAGAGAUUACUACUCAAGGACCCGAGAGAGCAGGACCACUUUCAACAGGCGAGACACAAGCGAGGACCAGUCAACUAGAAGAAGAGCAACCCGCCGAAACCACGAAGCAAUCCAAGGCAAGGGAGAAAUAUGAGAGGUUCAGGAGAGCCAUCCAAGAAGAAAGACAACGCCAGCGUGAGAGAGAACAAGAGCGACGUGAAGAACAGCUUCGACGGAGACGCGAAAUGGAACUUCGCCUUCGAAAUGCUCAAGCAUUUCUGGAGGAGCAUCUCAUGGCAGUAGAAGAACGACGUCGACUUGCCCAAAUGGAACCAGAGAGACGAGAAAGCUUUGAGCGCGCCAGAUACCUACAACUAGAAGCACAACAGCAAUUUGCCAGAGUGGAACCAGAGGGACGAGAAGGUAUUGAGCGCCCCGGACUACUACAACUUUUGAGGGACCGUCAGAAACAGGAGAGACAAAGGGAAGGAAGACAGCUACGGACGGCGACAAGGAUGAGGACGACUGGUGGUAAAACCACGAAAGAGAAGAGCAGGGAGUGUACAAUCUGCGUCGAGACUUAUACGAACGUCCAGGAUUCCUUUCCCUUCCCGCCCGCCCUCCGAGAAUGCAGCGAACACCACGACAUGGACGUCUGCGUACUCUGUCUCUGCCACAGUAUCAAAUCUCAGCUCGAGUCACGAGGAACUGCAGCAGUCAGCGAUCUCAAGUGUCCUAAUCUAAGCUGUGAUCACAUAUACACCCACACACAGGUCCAGCUUCUGGCUGAUCCAGACACCUUUGUGCUAUACGAUCAAUAUUGCCUUAACGCCAGUCUAGCAAUGGAGCCCAACUUCCGGAGAUGUCUUCGCGGGAGGUGUACCAAUGGACAGAUCUACGAAAAUCUAGGCCCAGAUUAUCCGUCUAGAAACCGGAUUGUCUGUAAGGCAUGCGGUUUUGUCAUGUGCUUCAAACACAACCGUCCAUGGCAUCAAGAUCUCACCUGCGACGAAUACGACCUACAGAGAAAAGAUAGCGACAAAGAAACAGAAACCUGGUUAGCCAAAAGGACCAAGCCCUGCCCCAAUUGCAACAUCCCGAUCGAAAAGGGCCUAGGGUGCUUUCACAUGACGUGUCGAGCCUGUCGGUACGAGUUCUGCUGGGAGUGUCUAGCUGACUGGGGUAUCGCAAGUUCCGGUCAUGCAGGACACCGUCCAGAUUGCUUCUUUCGUAAGAGAAUGGCUCCUCCGCCUACGGCGAUGGUAGGGAGUACGAUUGUGGAGGCGGAGAGGAAUAGAGACAGAGCGGCCCAGAUGCGGGCAAGGAUUGACGGUCUUCGUCGUUGA